AUGGGGAAAGAGUACAGGGACAAUAGCAUCCAUCAGAUGGACAGAAAGAAGAAAGAGAUGGCAAAACAGGCAAACGAGAACUAUCGACGACCGAAGCUGUUGCAGGCGAGGAAUGACAUGAAACACAAGCAGUGCAACGAGGGGGCCAGAGGAUUCAGCAACCUAGUGACGCCUCUUCCAAUCAUCAUCAGAUAUUCAGGAACCCAGGCAAUGGCUAUGAUAGGCCUAAGUGGUGCGAAGAAACCGAAAUCCAAAUUGGAUGCAGAACGCUCAGAACAGUAG